AUGACACUUGAGUUUCAUUCAAGCUUGAGAAAUCUUCCCAAUCCUCAGUUCGUGAUGCGUGUCACCGUCGCUGCACUCGCUCUUGGGGCUACGGGGCCCGCCCUUGGCCUGAGCCCCUUGGACACUUUCUACCCGCCCAAUCUCAAUCAGACCUCCUACAUUUCCAACAGUUCAAUUGGAACCUAUGGUGGCAUUUACAAGGCGCCGACUAAUGGUCCGACCGGCGGAAUUCCGUACGGCACCUAUGACUACUGCUCAAUGCCCCACCCUCGCACUCAAGAGUAUGAGCUCCCGGAGCCCAUUGCCAAGGGCUCUGUAAAGGGAAAGCUUAUUUACCUCGAGUAUCUUCAGCGUCACCAGAGACGCAGUCCGUACAACAUCCUGCCUGGUGGCGAGAACCAAGCUUACCAGUGCGACAAUGUGCGCCCGUAUCUCUAUGCUGGCCCUAGUGAUAACAAUAUCAUGCAACCAAUGCCGAUGUACGCUCAAACCUAUCAGGAUCCGUCAAACCCCUUCACCCCGGGCGUAAACGGCACCUGCCAGUACCCGCAAAUCACCAUCGGCGGUGUCCAGGAUGGCUUCCAGCAUGGCAAGGAUCUGUGGGGCGUCUACGGGGAGAAGCUCGGUAUCAUUCCUAAGGAGCCAAACAACCGUGUCUGGUUCCGCUCCAGCAGUUCUGCUCUGACCCAAGACUCCGCCGGUGCAGUUCUCCGUGGUGUCUGGCCCGCGUACAAGGGUGCCUUGCCUCUGCACCAAAUGGUCUCUUCGGUGGACACUGUCAACGAGGGAUACUCUUGCUCCGCCAUUAGCUCUACUCUCAAUCAGCUCGAAUUAACCGAUGAGUGGAAUGAGCAUCUGACUGUCACCGAGAAUCUUCGUUCGCAGCUUGGCUCUAUGCUGGGCGCUACAUCUUCUUCGUGGCAAACUACUUUUGACCACUUCUCCGACAACUUCCAAGCCCGACUAUGUAAUGGAUACAUGUUGCCGUGCAGUGUCUCUAACUCUUCUGAAUGUGUGACCAUGGCCAUGGCAGACGAGGUCUUCCGAGCCGGUGACUGGGAAUGGAAUUACUACUGGCGCACCAACCCCUACGUUACCAAGUACAUUCAAGUGGUCGAGGGCCUUUUCAUCGGCGAGAUUGUUACCCGUCUGCAGGCUGUACAGAACGGUGAAUCCAGCAUCGAUUACAGCCACUUUUUCAUUCAUGAUGGUGAUAUUGGUCCCAUCUUAGGAGCACUGGGGAUCAAUGCUCUCCGGGAAACUGAUGCCAAGAGUGAUCAACUCUACGCUCGCGUUCUAUACAGUGGACAGCCCGUACAGACCAUUCAUGGUAUUCUGGAUUGGCUCCCUCUCUCAAGCCUUAUUGAUAUUUUGAAGCCUUAUGUACCUGAGGAUAUCACCUCCCUUUGUGGUUGA